CGUGUUUAUUUUUGCAGUGCAGUUUGAUUUUUGUCGAUGUAUUUUCAUGCGCAAAUUUUUAUCGACUGUCUUUGGGUCCUGUAUUGUAUGACAGUGUGAAAUUAAGUUGUUGAAUAAUGGGCCAAAAUCAGUCUGGUGGUCGACGGAAAGGCGACGGGAAAGAAGACAAGCAGAAGCGCAAAUAUGAGCCUCCGGUGCCCACACGUGUGGGGAAGAAGCGGAAGAAGACCAAGGGACCCGAUGCUGCAUCCAAACUGCCCACCGUCACUCCGUACCAGCGCUGUCGCUUGCGUCUGUUGAAAAUGGAACGCAUUAAGGAUUUUCUUCUGUUGGAAGAAGAGUUUUUGCGCAAUCAGGAACGACUGAAACCCCAAGACGAGAAGGAAGACGAGGAGCGCACCAAGGUGGACGAGCUGCGGGGGACGCCGUUGAAUGUGGGCAAUUUGGAAGAGAUCAUCGACGAUAAUCACGCAAUAGUGUCGACAUCAGUGGGCAGCGAACACUACGUCAGUGUACUGUCCUUUGUGGAUAAAGAUCAGCUGGAGCCCGGAUGUACAGUGCUGCUGAACCAUAAGGUUCAUGCUGUCGUCGGAGUGCUGAACGACGAUACCGAUCCCAUGGUUAGUGUGAUGAAAUUGGAGAAAGCUCCGGUUGAAACGUAUGCCGAUAUCGGCGGCCUGGAUGUGCAGAUUCAGGAAAUUAAAGAAGCCGUCGAACUGCCGAUGACGCAUCCCGAAUAUUACGAAGAGAUGGGAAUUAAACCUCCAAAAGGAGUGAUCUUGUAUGGUCCCCCUGGCACAGGUAAAACGCUCCUUGCGAAAGCGGUGGCCAACCAGACAUCAGCUACGUUUUUGCGUGUGGUCGGAUCUGAGCUCAUCCAGAAAUACCUGGGAGAUGGGCCGAAAUUGGUUCGGGAGCUUUUCCGUGUCGCUCAGGAGCACGCGCCUUCGAUCGUUUUCAUCGACGAAAUUGAUGCUGUGGGAACUAAGCGAUAUGAUUCAAAUUCGGGUGGAGAAAGAGAAAUUCAGCGAACCAUGUUAGAGCUACUAAAUCAGUUGGACGGUUUCGACACGAUGGCUGACGUGAAAGUUAUAAUGGCCACCAAUCGUAUUGAAACACUGGAUCCGGCGCUUAUCCGACCCGGGCGCAUUGACAGGAAGAUAGAAUUUCCGCUCCCGGACGAAAAGACCAAGCGGCGCAUCUUCAACAUCCACACCGGACGCAUGACCUUGGCGGAUGACGUUAAUCUGGAUGAUUACGUCAUGGCGAAGGACGAUUUGUCAGGCGCCGAUAUCAAGGCCAUCUGCACGGAAGCUGGCCUAAUGGCUCUUCGGGAGCGACGGAUGAAAGUCACCAAUGAUGACUUCCUGAAAGCGAAAGAAACCGUUCUGUAUCGGAAGCAGGAAAAGACUCCGGAGGGAUUGUAUUUGUGAAACUCCACAUUUGCUUGUAACCGUCAGAAUAAUGAAAAAUGGAGUGGCAAGAAAAAGGCUGUAUUGAGAAUUUAAUGAAUGCGUAGUCAACUGAAUCUAGGAUUUGACGGAUGGAUAUUUAGGAUGUAACGUUGUUUAGCGUUCUUCUAAUUAUUUCGAAAACAUUGUUUAGUAAAAUUGCGUUAGGUCUCCUUAACUGGUUGUAAAUUCGAUAUUCCUUGCACGAAAUCUUUUUUUGAUACUACUUAUAAAUCAUAAUCUCGCUGA